GGUAGGAGGGGGCCAUUUCUGUGAAAAGAUCCCAAGGCAGCAAGCAAGCAGGAAUGUUUGCUCUGGUUGGUGGGAAGGAUCAGAUGUCACCAGCUGUGAGAGGCUGGUAUAAAGGACAGAGCUGCCAGCUCUGAGCCAGAAUAGAUAUCAGCAUUUGACAAGUAACAGCACGCACUAAGGAUAAGCCAGCAGAGUCUGCCUUUUAUUUUGGUAACCUUUUGAAACGGACAGAGGGAGAGAAGCUUUUAGUUUUCUCUUGUAAAAAUUAGGAAACUUGCUGGUCUAACUCAAGGUAGAGAAUUUUCCAAUAUGGAUGUUCAGAGGACAGGCUCUAUGGUGCGGCCCCCGAGCCCCAUGGAUAGCCUCGAGAAACAGUUGAGCUGCCCCAUCUGCCUGGACAUGUUCACCAAACCUGUGGUCAUCCUGCCAUGCCAGCACAACUUGUGCCGUAGUUGUGCCAGUGACCUCUACGACUCACGCAACCCGUACCGCUUCUCUGGUGGUGUCUUUCGCUGUCCUACUUGCCGUUUUGAGGUUGUGCUUGACCGCCAUGGUGUGCAUGGGCUCCAACGUAACCUGUUGGUAGAAAAUAUUAUCGACCUCUAUAAGCAGCAGCAAGAAGGCAGUGGCAGUGGCAGCACAGAAACCAGCCUGAAGCCUAAAGAAUCCAAAGAACCGAUGUGCCAAGAACACGAGGAUGAGAAAAUCAACAUCUAUUGCGUGACUUGCCAGACACCCACCUGCUCCAUGUGCAAAGUGUUUGGCCAGCAUAAGGACUGUGAGGUGGCACCUUUAGCAAGUGUCUACCAGGCCCAGAAGGGUGAACUGAGUAAUGCUAUUGAUACCCUAGUGGCCAGCAAUGGCCGCCUGCAGGCUCUGCUCAACCAGAUGGAAGAUGCCUGCCGUGCUGUACAGGAAAAUGCUCAGCGUGCUAAACAAGGGCUAGCUGAGCGCUUUGACCUGCUAUAUGCUGUCCUGGAAGAACGCAAGACCAUUCUACUAGAGCAGAUUGGUAAAGAGCAAGAUGAAAAGGUUGCAGCUCUGCGGGCACUGGCUCAACGUUACGGCGAACGAUUGCAGGCUAGUUCAGAGCUCACAGAUACGGCUGUGAGGGCAUUGGAGCAAGGCAGUGCUGCUGAGUUUCUCUUAGCCUCCAAGGGCCUCAUCACGCAGACCAAAGACGCAGCGAAAGGUUCACUGGGGGAAGAGAGGCCAGAGCCAGGCUUCGAGAAGAUGGACCACUUCACUUUAUCAACAGAACAUGUUGAAGCAGUCCUGGCAAAAAUGGACUUUGGAGUGGGUGAUGAUGAUGAAUUUGAGGAUGCAGAGGAGGAGGAAGAAGAAGAGGAGGAAUAAUGAAAAUCAAAGUAGUCAUGGACUUGUUGGAAAUAUUGUUAUCUGUGUUUUUGAGGGUUUUUUGACACAAGUGUUUGUGGCAGGGACUGCAUUUGAUGUUGAAAGAAAUGUAAGGUUACGGUGGAUGUGGGCUGAAAAGGCUUGCCCUGACUAAGUGCAAUAUUUAAUUUCAAUGUCAUAUUCAUAUCUUUUCUUAACUUCUUUUUAUACUUUUGUACUUCUAAGCCAGUUAAAUGAAGAAACUGAUCUAGAUAAAUGUAAAUAUAGAAUGUCUGAAGACGGAUUACACAUCGUUUUCCUCAUAUGUAGCUCAUGGAAGUAGUUCUUUGUGUUUUCUCACUUUGUCUAAGUUUGUGUUGAAUUGGUGAUCAGCUGAUCUGCCUGUAAUCACCAAAUCUGUCGUGACUGGAAUGUGGAAUAAAGCUGCAUGAAGUUAAGCAUC